CACGGCAUCAAUACCUCUAAGCAUAAAAUAGUUUUGUUAUCUAAAAUGACAAAAAUGCUACAAUUGAUUUCCAUAUGCAAGUAUUCCUAUUUUAUAUAAAAGUCAUCAGUGGGUAAUUUUGAAAAUACAAAUCAAUUUCAUAAUUUACCCAAAUAAAAAUUCUAGUAGUUAUUUCACAAUAAAGAUACACAAAUGGUUGAAGUACAAAAAUGCCCUUUCACUACCCACUAACUAGAGGCAGAGCCCCCAAUGGAUCUCGAUCUUCAUACGCAUGAGGCCCCAUAAACAGAGAUAUAAAUACCAAUAAAAGCAGGGACCAACAUCGCCGCCGGCCACUAGUUCGGAAGUUAUGGCGUCGAACCACACCGGUGAUGAUAAGACUGACAGGGAGGAGCAAGAAGAGGCUUUAAUAGCUUUGAUUGAACACCGCGCCAAAGAAGUUGAUCAUCUCCGUACGCGUGUCGCCUACUAUAAAUCCGAGCUUGAUGAAUCUGAGAAGAGGUUGGAGGAAACACAACGCAAAUUGGCACGCCUUAGAAGUCGAGGGAAUCCUGUGGCAUCUACAAAUAUUUCUUCUCAAAAUGGUGUAAAAGUGAAAGAAGAGAGGAGAUCAUGUAGCCCUGUAAAAAUAAAAACCAGUGAACAUUCUUUACCAAAUCAUGGUGAUAGAGAUAGAGGUAAUGGAAACUCCUCUGCCUCCAAGAGCUACACGCCAGAUCUUCCUAAAAUUCCAAAACAAGAACAGAGACCACAACUUGUUAUCCCUGCAGUAAAUCCAAAACCAUCUAUAAAACUGGUAGAAACUGCCACUAAACCUUCAACAUCAGUUCCAACAUAUGCCAAAAGCAUUGUCAAAGAAAAAGGACAUAGAAAUAGAACCCCUCAUGAACAGGAAGCUGUUGAGACUCCAUCCAAAGGGACAAAAAGGAAAUUUGAGCAGCGUGAACAUGUAGAUUUAAUUCAGAUGGUAUCCAGUUCAUCUUCACCACGUACAAUCAAUUGCCAGACUUCCAACCACAUCUCAUGCCAGCAUAAGAGAAAGCUCAGAAGUCUUGCCUUGUGUCCUACAAAUGAUCAGCUUUUUGUGACCAGUGCUCUGGAUGGACUUGUAAAUCUGUGGCAAAUUCAAUCCAGAGGAUCAAGUGCAUAUCUUCUUAGUACAGCUGACUGUGCAUCCACGAAACACAGAAGGUGGCCAGAAGAUAUAGCAUGGCAUCCACAUGGCGGCAGCCUAUUCGCUGUCUACACUGCUGAUGGUGGGGACCCUCAGAUAUCAGUCCUCAAUCUCAAUAAACCAAAAGAGAAAAAACGUGUAACUUUCCUUGAAGAUAAACCACAUGUGAAGGGCAUCAUCAACACCAUAUCAUUCAUGCCAUGGGAAGAUACUUGUUUUGUAACUGGUGGAAGUGAUCAUGCUGUGGUUCAAUGGAGUGAUAAAAACGGGGAUGAUUCUUGGAAACCAAAAGUAUUGCACAGAAGUAUGCAUUCUUCAGCUGUUAUGGGAGUUGCAGGGAUGCAACAAAAACAGAUGGUGGUUUCUGUAGGUGCUGAUAAAAGGAUAAUUGGAUUCGAUUUACAAACUGGAAGAGCCGAUUACAAGCAUCAGAUUGAAAGCAAGUGUAUGAGUAUUCUACCAAAUCCUUGUGACUUCAAUCUUUUCAUGGUUCAAACCAGUACUCCAGAGAGGCAACUCAGAUUGUUUGACAUCAGAUUAAGGCGAACUGAAAUACACGAAUUCGGUUGGAAACAAGAAAGUAGUGAAUCACAAUCCGCUUUGAUCAACCAGACGUGGUCCCCAGAUGGUUUGUACCUAACCUCGGGUUCAGCGGACCCCAUGAUCCACAUAUUUGACAUUAGGUUUAAUGCCAACAAACCCUCGCAGUCAAUUAGAGCUCAUCAGAAACGUUGGCUGCUUGAAAUCUUUUGCAAUGUGAAAUUGUUCAAAGAAGAAAGUAACAACGUAUUCAUGUGUGUGAUUGCAAUUGGAGAUUGUUUUAAAGGAUUGGGUAGUUGCUGCUUGAAGUCUUUACGAACCAGAGAAUAA